AAAAAGAGUUCUGGCGAUUAAGCCGGACGAAGCGGACAAGUAUACCUACAGCAACUAGACACGGAUAACAUAUUCGCAUGCGAGACUAGCAGCAGCAGGGAGAAUAAAAUUACAAACACACAAAGAUGUCACAAAACCAAUCAUAUUUCUGGCAAACGACCAGACAUAAUGUAUACCUAAAGCGCUCGGCCAAAUGGCAUAUGGCAAUGGCGUUAAUGGUGGUGCUCACGUUCUCCACCAUAUGUGCAGCCGAAUCGAAUCCAGAUGGGGAUGAGAAUGCUGCAAUUAUAGCCGAUAUACAGCAGAAUGUGGAACAACAGUCGAUAGUGAAAUUGCCAACGGAAUCGGAUGGAAUACAAGAGAAACAAGUUGAACCGACACGGGAUACUAAGAAAAAGGGCACUUUUAUCGAUGCUUUUACAGCAUCGAUCUCUGUUAUAUUAUUAACAGAGUUAGGCGAUAAGACUUUCUUUAUUGCUGCCAUAAUGGCAAUGCGCCACCCGCGUUUGAUAGUCUUUGGCGGUGCCAUUGCCGCCUUGGCCCUUAUGACGGUUCUCUCAUGCGUAUUUGGCUUGGCAGCAAACUUUAUUCCUAAGAUUUACACGUAUUAUAUAUCAACUGCAUUAUUUUUAUUAUUUGGUUUAAAAAUGUUGUACGAUGCCUACAAAAUGAAACCUACCGAUGCCCAAGAGGAGCUCGAAGAGGUACAAAGCGAUUUGCGUAAGCGCGAGGAUGAGCUUAUGCGCAAAGCGUCGCGCAAAUAUGUUAAGGAGGACAAGGAGGAUGCCACCGAGCAGCCACUCAUACAUGGAUGCAAUGUGGUCGUUGUGCCCAAGACCAAUUCGAGCAGCGGCUCCGAGAUGCAGCAUCGCCAACGCAAACCCACCAGCAACGUCAACAAUAAUAACAAUAACAAUACCACCAAUAACUCAACUAAUGUUAAACAAACGAGCUGUGAUAAAACUGGAAACGAUGUGGACUAUCAUAACACCGAGGUGCUGCUCAAGGAUGGCGGACGUGUUGUGGAACAGCUGAAAAUGGCAACGUUCCAUGGCAGUCCAACGCACUCGGCAUCGAUCGCCUCAUCGAACCAGACCGAACAAACCCAUUGUGAUAGCCCACGCAACAAUAACAACAACAAUCCCAAUGCUUCCGUUGAGCCCAAUUCCGAAACUGGCCACAUCGAUGAGGCUAAGCCGCGUGCUCCCCUAGCUGAGCACGAUAGCAUGCAUAGCUUGAGUGGCAGCGUUGACAGCGAGGAGGCCGCGCUUAAAGCACGGCUGGAUCGUGAUGUCAACACGGCGCUGGUGCAUGAUCCGGAAAGCGGACGUCGCAGCAAGGUGCAACGUCGUGGCGCAACCUAUUUUACCAUGCGUAUCUUUGCCCAGGCCUUUACGAUGACUUUUCUAGCCGAAUGGGGAGAUCGUUCGCAAUUGACAACUAUCAUUCUGGCUGCUAGCAAGGACGUCUAUGGUGUUAUUGUUGGCGGCAUUCUUGGCCAUUGCAUUUGCACUGGUUUGGCUGUGAUUGGCGGUCGUCUGGUGGCCUCCAAAAUUUCGGUGCGCACUGUCACCAUUGUGGGUGGCAUUGUAUUCAUUGGAUUUGCUAUCUAUGCGGUGGCCAUGCCCCCAGACGAUCUAUAAAUUAACUCUGAUAAUCUAUACUGAUUGCGCACUAGCCUGUUGUUUGUUGAUGACCCCGCACUCCCCCCAUGUAACAAAAAAAUAUAUGAAUUUAAGCUGUAGUUUUCGAGGAGCAACAGGCAUUAUCGACUAGUAAAUCAGAUUAUUUUGUAAAUUGUUGCACUUUAUAGAGCCAGAGAGUGAGAGUUAGAGAGGAUGGAGGUAGUGCAGUUUGCUAACAUAAAGUGCCUUCAGUGCUUUUGCUUUAGCCAUGACAUACAAAUUUAGUUGCCGAAAAGAAAUUUCAAUUUUUCCGCCAGACAUUAACACUGCUUAAGUAUUCAAUCUAUAAUUUCUUUGCUUUAAGUAUUAAAGUUUUUUUUUUUGUAUAUACGCGUGUUUGUUAACUAGAUUGCCUAAGCUCCUCUUAAGUAGCUCAUUUAAAUUCCUAAUUUUGUAUUUAUGUAGCAAUGUUUACUUAAAAAAAAAAAGAAUAAAUUCAAUAUGUAUAUUGACGAUUUACACAAUCUGUUUUAUAAAGAAAUUAGAAAAAGUGCAAAACUGAAUGCUUAA